GAUACCAAAUUAAUGCGGUGUUAUAUGAAUUACGUUGGAAUAGUUAAUACUGCGCAAAAAUGUAUAAUAGAUGAUUUUUUAAAAAAAAUUUUAGUAAGAUCGUUACACCCAAGUAAAUUUGGAGCAGAACACAAAUAAAACUUUUAAUAUAACGGUGAGAAAUAAAAUCAAGACGCAAUCAUCGUAAUUAUUCCUCAGAACUUAAAAUCACGCUUUAAUAAGAACAAAGAAUUAUGAACGAUUUAAGUGAUAUGAAUCUAGAAGAAGAGAUGAUCUAUAUCGUGGAGAUACCGCCGUCGGCAGGGGAUGCAACCCUUUCGGCUUUCCUUGGACUGACAACGUUAGCGGGCCAUCCGUUGGAUGCGGUCGAUGCACCCGCUUUGAUCAUGAAAAAGAACUCAAUUUUCAAAGUACAUCACCGGGGAUUUGGCACCCGACGAAGUGUGUACAUGGUGGAUGAGACGCAUUACCACCAAGUCGAAGGUUCGGAGCGACACGUUUGGAUUGUUUACGAACGGCUACCACGGUCGGCAAAGGUCGAAAGUACGAGGACUGCAAUUUUAGUCGAACUGGAACGGCAUUGCAGUCGGAUGGGUCGAUAGCCCGGUAUGAGCUAGACGUCUCGAAAAAAAAACUUCGGGGCUACUAAAAUAGUGCAUGAGUACUAUCAGAAACAUAUUAUAUAAACAAAAAACUUCCACACGUUAGUCUAAUAUUAUAUUGUACCCUUCCAUCGUAUUAUGUAUUAUGUAACCAUCUGAUUGACCAACGAAUGGUUUUAAUAUUCUUCCUAAAACGAAACUAUAUAGAUAUACAACAUACAUUACAAACGGUUUAAUAAAUCGCAAAAGCAUAUAGCAAGAUUUUCCUAUCCUUAUUAUUAUGUAUUUUAAAUAUCAUCAAACUGUCAUUAUUGCAAUAUAAUAAUAAUAUGUUAUUUUAA